AUAAACGUUUCACUGUUUUAUUCGGUGCGACGUGUAUCGUACGCACACUAGCGAAGUUCAAAAAGAGCGUAAUAAAUAAACGAGCGCAGGUCGUCGCCGGCUUCAAUCCCGUUGAAGAUGACGAGACUGCAACUUCUCUUAGUUCUCUCUGGCCUUGCGACUCUCGCAUGGUCCGCCGAGGAUGUGCCCAGGGUCAAGACGCCACUAGGAGCGGUCAAGGGAUACUACAAAGUGUCCGCGAAUGGAAGACAGUAUGAAGCUUACGAAGGAAUCCCUUACGCGUUGCCUCCGGUCGGGAAACUUCGAUUCAAGUCGCCUCAGAGAUUACCAGCAUGGGUAGGCGAGCUUUCUGCUACCAAGUUUGGAAGUCCAUGUCUGCAAUAUAGCCAACUACCCAAGGAGUCGAAUGAAAAAGUCGAGGGUGCCGAGGAUUGUUUGUAUCUGAACAUUUACGUGCCAGCGGAGAGGAGAACGAGUCCUCAAUUGCUGCCGGUUAUUUUUUGGAUCCAUGGAGGAGCUUUCCAAUACGGCAGCGGGAUGGACAUGGGUGGGAAAUACCUCAUGGACCGCGACAUCGUAUUCGUUACAAUCAACUACCGUUUAGGGCCGUUAGGCUUCCUCAGUACAGAGGAUGAAGUUGUGCCCGGUAAUAUGGGACUAAAGGAUCAAAGUUUAGCGUUACGAUGGGUUUCGGAGAACGUCGAAUGGUUCGGUGGAGAUCCAAAAAAGAUUACUUUGGUGGGUCUAAGCGCCGGUGGUGCCAGCGUUCACUACCAAUAUCUAUCUCCCAUGAGCGCCGGGCUUUUCCAAGGUGGUAUCUCAAUCAGUGGCACCGCACUGAAUUGCUGGACGCAAACAGAAAAUUCAUUGGAGAAGGCAAAACAAUUGGGUGCUUUCAUGGGCUGUCCCACAGGAAGUAUCAGAGACAUGGUUCGCUGCCUGAGAUAUCGACCUGGCAAAGCUCUAGUGGAAGCCGUUGGCAAAUUCAUGCCCUUCUACUUCAAUCCAUUCACGCCAUUCGGGCCGGUUCCGGAGAAAGCUAGCGACGAACCGUUCAUAGAUCGCACACCCGCGGAGAUCAUAAGCAGCGGCGAUGUUCAUGAUAUACCAUGGGUGACCGGAGUUACCAGCGAGGAAGGACUGUAUCCAGUGGCUGAAUUCAUUGCUAUACCGGAAGCAUUGAGAACACUGGAAGAUAAUUGGGAACUUCUUGCUCCACACUUCCUUGAUUACAAUUACACUAUUCCUAAAGAGAAGCACGUCGAAGUUGCGAGACUCGUUAAGAAUCAUUAUUUUGGAUCGAAGAAAAUUGACGAGAAUACGAUAAAGCCCUUGAUUGACAUAGCGAGCGAUCGAUUCUUCGUUGUCGGUGGUGAACAGGCUGCCAGGAUGCAAGCAAAAGUAAAUCAUCAACCUGUCUGGUUUUAUUAUUACUCUUACAGAGGUGCUCACAGUCUUAGCGAAGCUAUGAGUGGUACAAGCACUAACUAUGGUGUGAGCCAUGCGGAUGAUGCGUACGCAGUAGUGGAUACUGCUUAUUUAGAUCCAACGACAACGACAGAAGAUAUUAAAAUGCAAAGGGUUUUAAUAGAUCUCUGGGUAUCGUUCACAACUAACGGAGUUCCAAAUGUCGGUGGUGCUAAAUGGCCAAGACUGAAUCCAGACGAAAAGAUAUUACGCUAUUUACACAUUGCUGGACCAGACAAAAUUACUAUGGAUAGCAAUCCGAACUUAGGAAACAAAGAUUUCUGGAAUUCUAUUAACUUUAAUGAAAACAAAUUAAGCACCAAAUCCAGUACACCAAAAGAAGAAUUAUAGAAACCCUUUCUCUCAAUGUUUAUUGUACAACUUAUAUAAUUUCUUUUAUAAAACGUUUUACUAUGAA